AUGGCGCAUCCCACGAAGCCGAACUUCGCCUGUCAGCAACAGGAAAUCACAGGAAAACAUCCAAACGAACUAACGAAUUACGAAACAACUAAUUUACAACCACCACAAAAGACCAUACCAUCGUACCACCAACUGCCCGCAGACCUCUCCGAAGAGAGCAUACGCAAGGAAGCCGCUUUGGUACUCGCACAAGCCGAACGUCAUAAGAGCAAAGCCGAGAACGGCGAUAAUAUACCCACAUUUAAGGUACGUACAAAACGUAGCGGUGAUCCGAACCCCAAGAAGUUCCACUCAUUACCCACACGCAAAAAGAAGUCGCCCGCUAAGCCAGUAUCGCGCAGCGUAAGUGACGCAGCUGCCAAAAAGAACGCGAAACGACCAUCAAUAUUCAAUAUCUUCAGUCGACGUAGCGACACGAAUGUCAAUCAGGUGGACCGUGAUCCACGAUUCGAAGACAGCGGCGGCCGACGUUUAGUACGUAGCAAAAGUGAUGUUGGCUCUUACAAUAAAGAAGAGCGUAAAUACAAGAAAUCUUUGAAGGAACCCAAAUCUAACGCUGCUACACAGGGUGGGCUGCAGACACUGAACAGCUCCAGUAAGCAACAGCUUAUCAACACACCACUGAGUCCCAUAAUUGAGAACGCGCAGAAGGAGGACUAUUUUGCAGAGCAAUUCAAUAGGGAGCGUCGCAAAUCGGAGGCUAUAACUGAGCGAGAAAAGCAUGAGAGUGGACUGAGUGAACUGCUCGAACGCAGUCGCAGACAAGCUGAAGAGGACGAUAAUAUUUUGGGCAAAGGCCAUAUAUCACACGCGAUACGCGAUAAAAUACUAAGCUUACAAUCCAAAUCACAAGACAAUAUGCAUAGUUCACAGUUGCCGGCACAAAAGUUGCCGCUCACCAAAGGUGUCACCGUAAAUGGCUUAGCGAAGCGUUUGUCAAUGGAACGCUUCUCACCACCACCGCCACUCUCCGGUCCAGCCUUCUCAUAUAUACGCCCCAAUGAAGGCAUUAUGUAUGCGCAGUUGGAUCAUAAUGAAGAUGAAAAUCGCUAUCGUCGCGAGUACAUACACUCGCCCAACAGGGAAUUGCGUACACCCUUACGUGAAUAUCGUUCACCGGCACGUGAUAUGCGCUCACCGGAACGCGAGCUGCAAACACCCACAAAGACGCUGAGCCGCCAGUCAGUCGACCGCACUGACUUCACUACUAGUCAAAACAAUCUUAAGAAUGCCUACAACUACAAUACGCAUAACGGUCGUAUCGGAAACGGCAAUGGCAGUCGCAUUAUUAUUGAACAAUCGACGACACGUGGUUCGCCAGGCACAUAUGGAUCACCUAACGGCCAGGUAGGUCCAACGACUAUACGCAUCACAAACUCGCACUCUCCAUCACCAUGGCAACAGCUCAGUCCACGUAAUUUGAGCGAUGAGGACGAAGGAUUGGGCAUUGAAACACGAAAAUACUACGAAGACGAGUCUACAGCGUUGACACAAUCGCGCAGCAGCAAAUCGCCCGCUGAGCCGCCCAUUGUACCGGUCAUACGUAGCAUUACGCCGACGAUCGAAAAUGACUAUGACACGCAUGGCUAUCGAUCGCCGACACGUGAUGAACCUAUGAAUGAUAUUGGAUAUCGACGUGCGCGUCUUGAGUCGCGCAUACUAACGCGACGUUUCGGUGAGCCGACAACAUUGGAACGUAAUGGCUACCACCGUGAUGUGGAAACCUCACCGGAACGCUUCGAACGCAAUGGUUAUCAACGUGAUAUAGGCGCAUCACCAGAACGUAAUAGAGAAGUACGCGAGCAGUCCGCAUAUCAGCGCUACCUCAGUCCCGAACGCGAGAGAGAGUCAUAUGAACCACGCUUCCAUAAAAUGGAAACUUCGGAAAUAUUAAAUAAAUAUUCGCCGGAACGUUCACAUCUGGAUAUCAUCGCACCAACAACGGUGCCGGUUACAACACCAUUGAUGGAGAAAACGUCUCGUUAUAAGCACACAAAGUACUAUGACGACGGACGUGGCGGUGUAAAAGAAGUUUAUAAACGGGAAACACACUUGGAUGCCGAUGGAAAACCACAUGUACGCGAGACACGUCACCGUGAACGCAUGGACGGCUCUAUGGAACGUCAGCAACUGCAGGACUAUGAGCCGAAGAGCUUGGACUCACAGCUAACAAGCACAGAUCAAUAUCGCUCCUCACCCGAAAAUAUGAAACGUUAUGAAAUGGGCACGGCACACACACAAGAUUGGCAUGGCAGCAGUUUGAAGCGUGACAAGCUCCAACAGCGCAGCUUCGACAAGGGAGACUCCGGUAUUGAGAAUGACUUCCGCAAGGAAUCCUUCAAUGGCGAGCUCACAUCCAGAUGGCGCAAACGCACCAUUGCCGACGACAUAAAAGCCUGUGAGGCUUUCCUGCGUAAGGAGCGCCGUCACAUCGAGCAGCUGCAUGUUGCACGGCGUCGAGAUAGUUAUGUCUACCGCGAACGUUCCAUCGAUGAUGGCUCACAUUACGAUCCACACUUAGACAAAUAUCCCGCUGCAACGAGUACGCUGCGACGCAAGGAUCAACAGUCACAGACGGCCGGCACGGAGACGCUGAAACGCAACAAAAAACUCGGCGGUUUCGAGAAGGUGAAGCAACUCUUCACCGGCGGCAGUGGCGGCGGUGGCGGUAGCGGCAGCGGUAGCGAAGGUGGCAAGUCGGGCAAGAAGGAUGGCGACCGGCAAGCGCGCGGCAACAGCAGUACCGCCACCAGCAGUAGCGUGCAGACCACAAGAACGGGCACAGCCAAAGACAAAGACAGCAGUGGUGGCGAGAAGGAACGCCCUCGUUACAUGGUGAAAGAGGAGGAGAUGCGUUCGCGUUACAGUGAACAUCGCGGAAGUGCCGGUUCGGCUGCGUUAGCAGCAAUGCUGCACGAUGACGCGUUACGCGAACCAAAGGCCACGGAUAUCUCGAUGCGUCGACGUCUGUCUACACCCAAAGCUAGUCCAUUGCUGCUCAAGCGUACCUCAUCCGACAAGCCGAAGAAGGAGUCACCACUCGCUAAGCCCGAGAAAGUCAGCUGGUUCAAGUCAUUGGACAGGCGCUCGAAGAGCAAAUCAAAAGAAAAGCUUGAUGUUUCGGUUAACGGACAGAGCGAGUCCUCAACAAUGAAACGUACGAAGAAUUCGGCGCGUACUAGCACAGCGCCACCACCCAUACCACCCAAAAACUUGCGUUUCUUUGGAGAUACGGAUAUAGACUCGAAUCCGCCGACUAUAACCAAAGCUAAUACUACACUCAAACAACGCCCCACUGUAGCAACCACAUUGAAUCGGUCGCAAAAAUACUCACAGAGCGCUUAUAAUUUGGACCGCCUCAAUAGCAAUCCCACACAAAGCGACUAUCGCCGUCACCUCUCCGCUGCCACACAAACGACUGGUGGUGGUGUUGGCGCUUCACGCCACAAAAGUUCUUCGAUGCAUAAUUUGGAAAAUGGCGGUGAAGUGGGCGGCGAUGAAGUCGAUUUCCGCAAACGACGACACUACUCACGCUCACGUGAUCUGGACGAUAUAUCGGAGAGUGGGUCCGAAACUGAAGAUCAACACAAACGUCCCAACGGUGGCGUUGGCGGUGCGCGCACCUUGUCACGUGAACGUUUGGAUCGUUCGCAUCGGUAUGAUGAUCACACUUAUCGACGUAGCAACGAUCGUCACGGCACGCCUUUGGCCAUGUCCACAUCAACGCCGAAUGGCAUUGAUGCAGGUGGCAAUGAGAGAGAAGUCAGACGAACUCAUCAUCACCACUUGAUAGGACCACCAAAACCGGCACGUAGUGCUGAACGCCGUGGCACAUCUGCUUACUCGAGAGAACGUGACCGCUUUCCGGCCGAGAGCUCGGGUACUGAAGGCGAAUCCAGUUUACACAGUCAACGCAGUGUCGUCUAUUUGCAUGCCACGACAGUCGGUGCCAUACCACAGCCAUAUCACUUGAGACGUCGUUCCAUAUCACGUGACGAUCUGCGCUCGAACAAGAGCAAACCUCAACCGUUACAGCCGAUGACACGGACCGUCUCACGCUCUGUCUCGAUGUUGGCGCCAUGGAAACCGAAGCUCAUUAGCGAAGGUUACGAAAUCAAUUACUCACAAGAGCAAAACAAACGAAUGGCGACAAUGCCGCGAAAGCCGCACAUGAGCAGUACGAGCACGCUCUCACGUACCGGUAAGAAAUCGGAGACGCCCACUACGCGCACACUACGUCGACACGAUCAUCUCAAGGACGAUCAAUCUUCGUUGCGGCACUCCUCCACCACGAGCGCCUCGAAGUCGGCACUUUCGUCAAAUAUACGCAGCGGCGAUGGACGACGAAAGCUCAAGUAAAGCACAUCGUGCGGCGUAAUUGUAGAGCGACAUGCAUGUCGCUUGCGGAAGCUCGGUAGUAUGAGUGCGGGGGGCGUAUAUUAACCAAACUAGAUUAUUUAACUGCAGGAAAUAUUUUAGCUUUGAGUUGAAAUGUUGCGAAACGUUCAAUUGAAAUAAUCAACACACACACACGCGUGCAUGCGAAAAUCUUUUUUUUUUGUGCAUUGCAAGAGCGCGAAAAGCUUUCGGCUGUGUGUCGCAAUUGGUGCUCUUCGUUUAACAAAAGCGCGCAUGUCGCAGCGCUUAAGCCAGCACAUACACACACGCGCAUAAUUCUAAUAUUUUUAGUUGUUUUAAGUGCCUUCUUCUAAAACCCCCCCUAAUCAUUAUGCAUAACAACGAAAGCUUAUCACUUAGCUUUUAAGCACAAAUAUGUAAAUGAGUGCGCACACAAGUUAAUUCUAUGCAAUAAAUACAGUGGCCAAUAUACAUACAUACAUACGUACAGAUAUGCAUACUAUAACGGUAGUUAUGUAAAUAAGUGUUACCGUUACAUUAUCGAGUGUGUUAAUUAUAUGUAAUGUCCCCUAACGCUGCUCUCUAAGCCUCUACUCUCCCUAUUUGUAGAAGGUAUGUAUGUAUGUGUUGUGUUUUCUGAAAUUGUCAAGCUAAUUUAAUUAAUGAUUUGUUUAGUAUUUAAGUGCCAGUUAAUAUUAAAGCAAAUGAUACAUAACUACAAUACUAAUAAAACGUACUUAAUUCGUUUCUAAUACAUUUAAUUUACGUACCAUUUUUAUAAUGGACUCUUGUAAACUGUAUAAUUCUUGCGAAAUAAAGGAUGUGAGAUGGGAGUGUAAUAAAAUUAAAAUUCACUGCAUUUUUUUAA